AUGUUUGCGCUGCACACCAUCCAGACCUUCUACCGCAACCGCUUCGGCAAGCGGAUGCAGAAAGACCGUUCAGCCAAGCCCCCCACUGCCAUGAUCAUCGCCGAAGCCUCACUUGUCGGAGUUUCGAGGAGUUGGGGCUUUAAGGCUGAAGGCUUGGACUUAUACGGUUUAGGGUUUCGGUCUCAGGGGUCAGUGCCUGAGCUUGACGAUGAGACUUACGUGUGA